AUGGCUGAGAUGCAGAAGAUCAAGCUCAUGAGCUCCGACAGCGCUGAGAUCACUGUCGAUCGUGAUGUCGCUGAGCGUUCGGUGCUUAUUAAGAACAUGAUGGAGGACAUAGGCGAACAGGCUAUGACCGAGGCCAUUCCUAUUCCCAACGUCAACGAGGCCGUCCUCAACAAAGUGAUCGAGUGGUGUGUCCACCACAAGGGUGACCCUCCUGCGACGAAUGAUGAUGAUGCCGAUUCGCGCAAGAAGACCACCGACAUCGAAGAGUGGGACCAAAAAUUCAUGCAGGUGGACCAGGAGAUGCUGUUCGAGAUCAUCUUGGCUGCCAACUACCUCGACAUCAAAGCUCUCCUCGACGUCGGCUGCAAGACCGUCGCUAACAUGAUUAAGGGCAAGUCCCCCGAAGAGAUCCGCAAAACCUUCAAUAUCCAGAACGACUUCACGCCCGAGGAGGAAGAUCAGAUUCGUCGUGAGAACGAGUGGGCCGAGGAUCGCUGA